UCUCAAUUCAUGGUCCUGUCCAACAUUACUCAUUUUAGCCCCAUGUUCUACCUCAGUGGCUUUCCUGGUUUGGAAGCCUUUGAACACUGGAUUUUCAUCCCCUUUUUCUUGAUGUACCUGGUGGCCAUCUCAGGCAAUUGUCUCAUUCUGAUGAUUAUAAAGACCAGCCCUCGUCUGCACACACCCAUGUACUAUCUGCUCUCCUUGCUGGCACUCACUGACCUGGGGCUGUCAGUGUCUACCUUGCCCACCAUGGUGGGUAUUUUUUGGUUCAAUUACCAUAGCAUUUAUUUUGGAGCCUGCCAAAUCCAGAUGUUCUGCAUUCACUCUUUUUCCUUCAUGGAGUCCGCAGUGCUCCUUGUCAUGUCUUUCGAUCGUUUUGUGGCCAUCUGCCACCCACUGAGGUACUCAGCCAUUAUCACCGUUGAGAGGGUAAUGAGGACAGGCCUAUGUGUCAUCCUCAGGGGACCUGUAGCCCUUAUCCCAAUUGUGCUCCUCCUGAAGGAUUUUCCCUACUGUGGACCUCUUGUCCUCUCCCACUCAUUUUGUCUACACCAGGAAGUGAUACACCUGGCAUGUGUGGACACCACCUUCAACAACCUAUAUGGACUGUCACUAGUGGUGUUCACCGUGAUGCUGGACCUCGUGCUCAUUGCACUGUCCUAUGGAUUCAUCCUAUACACGGUGGCUGGUCUGGCCUCCCAAGAGGAGCAGAUCCGAGCCUUCCAAACAUGUACUUCACAUCUCUGUGCUGUGCUUGUGUUCUUUGUGCCCAUGACGGGGCUGUCCCUGGUACACCGCUUUGGGAAACAUGCUCCACCUGCUGUGCAUCUUCUCAUGGCCAAUGUCUACCUCUUUGUACCACCCAUGCUUAACCCAGUCAUAUAUAGUAUUAAAACAAAGGAAAUCCGAAGAGUAAUCAUCAGGUUCCUAGCCUUUAGGAAGGUCAAUUCUGAGUCCUGGGGAUAA